AUGCGCGCGCCCCUCGCUGCCAACGACGCUUCAGGGAACACGUGGAACUGGCUGUACUUCCUCCCCCUCAUCAUCAUCGGCUCCUUCUUCAUGCUGAACCUGGUGCUGGGUGUGCUGUCAGGGGAGUUUGCCAAGGAGAGGGAGCGGGUGGAGAAGAGACAAGAGUUCCUGAAGCUCCGCAGACAGCAGCAGAUAGAACGAGAGCUGACGGGGUACCUGGAGUGGAUCUGCAAAGCAGAGGAGGUGAUGCUGGCGGAGGAAGACGAGGAGGCAGAGCAGCAGUCUCUGGACGGAGCGUGGUACAAGAGGAGGCACAACGCUGUGCUGAAAAGAGCCAAAAAGAGUAAGAACGACCUCAUCAACGCCGAAGAGGGCGAGGACCACUUCACUGACAUCUCUGGUGUGUGUGUGUGCCCCCCAGGUCGGGCCGGCCUGAGGAAGGAGAGCUCGUCGCUCCUCAGGAGGAAGGAGAGGAGGCUUCGCUUCACCGUCCGCCGGCUGGUGAAGUCCCAGAGCUUCUACUGGACGGUGCUGUGUGUGGUGGGCCUCAACACGCUGUGCGUGGCCAUCGUGCACUACGACCAGCCCGCCUGGCUGACCUUUGCCCUCUACCUCGCCGAGUUCGUCUUCCUGGGCCUCUUCCUGGCCGAGAUGUCCAUCAAGAUGUACGGCAUCGGAGCGCAGAGCUACUUCCACUCCUCCUUCAACUGCUUCGACUUCGGGGUGAUCGUCGGCAGCGUGUUCGAGGUGAUCUGGGCCACCAUCAAACCCGAAGCCUCCUUCGGGAUCAGCGUCCUGCGAGCGCUGAGGCUGCUGCGCAUCUUCAAGGUCACCAAGUACUGGAACUCUCUGAGGAACCUGGUCGUCUCUCUUCUCAACUCCAUGAAGUCCAUCAUCAGCCUGCUGUUCCUCCUCUUCCUCUUCAUCGUGGUCUUCGCUCUUCUGGGCAUGCAGCUGUUCGGUGGCCAAUUUAACUUUGAAGACGAAACGCCGACGACCAACUUCGACACGUUCCCCGCAGCCAUCCUCACCGUGUUCCAGAUCCUGACGGGGGAGGACUGGAACGCCGUGAUGUACCAUGGGAUCGAGGCCCAGGGCGGCGUCCGCAGGGGGAUGUUCUCCUCCAUUUACUUCAUCGUCCUCACUCUCUUUGGAAACUACACGCUCCUCAACGUCUUCUUGGCCAUCGCCGUGGACAACCUGGCCAACGCCCAGGAGCUCACCAAGGAUGAAGAGGAGCAAGAGGAGGCCAUCAAUAAGAAGCUCGCCCUGCAGAAGGUCAAAGAGGUCAAAGAGGUCAAGGAGGUCAAGGAGGUCAGCCCCGUGUCGGCCUCCAACAUUUCCGUCUCAGCAAAAGAGGAGCAGCGCUCUGGGAGGAGCCUGUCGGUGUGGGAGCAGAGGGCCGGCCAGCUGAGGAGGCAGAACCGGGCCAGCUGCGAGGUCCUGUACAGCGAGCUGGAGCUGGAGGAGCGUCUCCACCUGAAGACCCACCUGGACCGGCCGCUGGAGGUCCGGCCCCGAGACGGCCACCGGCACCACCGCCACAAGGCCGCCGCCCCUCCCCCCCCCGCCGCGCCUCGCCACCGCGACCAGCGGGCCGGAGCCGGGCCGGAGACGCGUGAUGACGGCGGCCAUCACGGCCACCACAGCCACGCCAAAGACCAGGAAGGCAGCCGGGGGGGGGAGGGGAGGAGCGAGAGGCCCCGCAGCCGGGAGGGAGGCAGGAGACGCAGGAGCUCGCCGGAGGUCGGCGGGGGAGGGGGGGGAGGGGGAGGAGUCACGGGGGACAGAGAGCAUCGGCAUCAUCGCUCACACCGGCAGCCCAGAGGGGGCGCCGGGCCCGGGGGGGGCCGGGCGGAGCGGAGGCCCCGCCAGAAAGAUGGAGAUCGGCCUUCCAGAGGAGACGGCCGAGCCAACGGGAAGAGGAGGAGCCAUCGGACCCACGGGUCCAGCAGCCAAUCGGUGGAUGGAGAGCCGGCCGCCAGAAGAGAGAAGACCCAAAGGUCGGGUGACUCGGAGGGGGAGAGCCUGGCCUGCCCCCCCCAGCAGGGCUCCGGGGGGGGCAGCUGGCCUCCUGGCCAACCAGAAGACUCAGACAACCACAGGAACAUCAAGAGGACCGGCUCCCCCUCCUCCGCCGGAGACGCCCCCUUCACUCAAAUGAACAGUGCUGACGGUGACCCGGCGGUCCUGAAUGAGGGCGGAGCCAAACCCAUCCUGCCCUACAGCUCCAUGUUCAUCUUUGGACAGACCAAUCCGGUGAGGCGCUUAUGUCACUACAUCGUGACUCUGCGUUACUUUGAGAUGUCCAUCCUGGUGGUCAUCUCCAUGAGCAGCAUCGCUCUGGCUGCAGAGGACCCCGUGUGGACCAACGCGCCUCGCAACAACGUGCUCCGCUACCUGGACUACGUCUUCACGGGCGUGUUCACCUUUGAGCUGGUGAUCAAGAUGGUGGACCUCGGGCUGCUGCUCCACCCUGGCGCCUACUUCAGGGACCUGUGGAACAUCCUGGACUUCAUAGUGGUCAGUGGGGCGCUGGUGGCUUUUGCAUUUUCGAGCUUCAUGGGGCCGCAGCCAGGUGUGACCAGGGGGACCAAAGGCAAAGACAUCAACACCAUCAAGUCCCUGAGGGUCCUCAGAGUCCUCCGUCCCCUCAAAACCAUCAAACGUCUGCCGAAACUCAAGGCGGUGUUCGACUGCGUGGUCAACUCUCUAACCAACGUGCUGAACAUCCUCAUUGUUUACAUCCUCUUCAUGUUCAUCUUUGCCGUCAUCGCGGUUCAGCUCUUCAAGGGGAAGUUCUUCUACUGCACAGACGAGUCCAAGGGCCUCGAGAAGGACUGCAAAGGGCAGUUCCUCAACUACGACCAGGACGAGGUGUCCGCCAUGCCGAGAGAGUGGAAGAAGUACGAGUUCCAUUAUGACAACGUGCUCUGGGCCUUCCUGACCCUCUUCACCGUCUCCACUGGCGAGGGAUGGCCAACCGUCUUGAAGCACUCUGUGGACGCCACCUUCGAAGACAUGGGUCCCAGCCCGGGCUACCGGAUAGAGAUGUCCAUCUUCUACGUCGUCUACUUUGUGGUCUUCCCUUUCUUUUUUGUGAACAUCUUCGUGGCUCUCAUCAUCAUCACCUUCCAGGAGCAGGGAGACAAGGCCUUGUGCAGCUUGGAGAAGAACGAGAGGGCUUGUAUCGACUUUGCCAUCAGCGCCAGACCUCUGACCCGCUACAUGCCCCAGAACACGCAGUCCUUCCAGUACAGGAUGUGGAAGUUCGUGGUCUCGCCUCCAUUCGAGUACUCCAUCAUGCUCAUGAUCGCUCUCAACACCGUCGUCCUCAUGAUGAAGUUCCACGGAGCUCCAGACUUCUACGAGGCGAUGCUGAAGAACCUCAACAUCGUCUUCACCACGCUCUUCUCUCUGGAAUGCGUCCUCAAGAUCAUCGCUUUUGGUCCCUUGAACUACUUGAAGGACGCCUGGAACGUGUUUGACUUUGUCACCGUGCUGGGCAGCAUCACCGACAUCCUGGUCACGGAAAUCAACACUGACCGGCUGCUAAACCUCAGCUUCCUGAGGCUGUUCAGAGCCGCUCGGCUCAUCAAGCUGCUGCGACAGGGCUACACCAUCCGCAUCCUGCUGUGGACCUUCGUCCAGUCCUUCAAGGCCCUCCCUUAUGUUUGCCUCCUGAUUGCUAUGCUGUUCUUUAUCUAUGCCAUCAUUGGGAUGCAGGUGUUUGGUAACAUCGCGCUGAAUGAAGACACGGCCAUCACGCACCACAACAACUUCCGGACUUUCCUCCAGGCGCUCAUGCUGCUCUUCAGGAGUGCCACUGGCGAGGCGUGGCAUGAGAUCAUGUUGUCCUGCCUGAGCCACCGAGCGUGUGACGAGCGCUCGGGGUCCGAAGGCAAAGAGUGCGGCAGUGACUUCGCCUACUUCUACUUCGUCUCCUUCAUCUUCCUCUGCUCCUUUCUGAUGCUGAACCUGUUUGUGGCGGUCAUAAUGGAUAACUUUGAGUACCUAACCAGAGACUCCUCCAUCCUGGGACCUCAUCACCUGGAUGAGUUCAUCCGGGUUUGGGCCGAGUACGACCCGGCUGCAUGUGGCCGUAUCAAGUACCUCGAUAUGUAUCAGAUGCUGCUCCACAUGACCCCACCCUUAGGUUUGGGGAAGAAAUGUCCACCAAGAGUCGCCUACAAGCGCCUCGUCAAGAUGAACAUGCCCAUCGCCGACGACAACAGCGUCCACUUCACCUCCACCCUGAUGGCCCUGAUCCGCACCGCCCUGGAGAUCAAACUGGCCUCAGGCAUGGUGGCGCAGCGCAUCUCGGACGCCGUGCUGAGGAAGGAGUUGUCCGGCGUGUGGCCCAGCCUGUCCCAGAGGACCAUGGACCUGUUGGUGACGCCACAUACAGCCAAUGAGCUGACGGUGGGGAAGGUCUACGCCGCCCUGAUGAUCUACGACUACUACAAGCAGAACCGAGCCAAGAGGCAGCAGCAGCAGGGCGGGGCAGCCUCCCAGGGCCGGCUCGGGGCUCUGUUUAAGCCACUGCUGCCUCUGACUCACAUGCAGGGCGGCGACCUGCCCGGAGGCCUCCAGCCCAGGGGCCACGCCCGGUCCCAGCCUCCGACCAGACCCAGCUCCAUCUCCCUCCACAACGGAGGCCUGCUGCCAGGACAUGAACACAACAUCAAGACAUCGUCUUCCUGUGGGAUGGAGAAGCCCAAAGAGGCGGCCCAAGCCAAGACCAAGAGAACCACGUCCAGAGGCCCAUCAGAGGACCCCCCGGACCCCCCCCUCAUUCAGGACUCGGUGGAGAUGAGGAAGAUGGAGACCAGUUCCAGCAGCACCAUCCCAGUCCCGGACUUGGCUCUGGAGAACCAGGGCAGAGCGGCGUCCAUGCCUCGCCUCAAUGCUGAGCUGCAGGCCGUCCCUGAGGCCAGCCCGAUGAGGCGCUCGGCCUCCACUGUGGCCCCACAGCGCCCCCCGGAGCUCAACCUGAGGAGCUACAUCCUGGAGAAACCCAGCCAGGACCAGCCCCACCACCACCACCACCACCACCACCACCACCACCUCCACCACUGCCACCAUCAGCGGGACCGGGACCGGGAGAGGAGGCAGAGGUCUCUGGAGACCCCUCUGGGGGGCCCCGUCCCUGGCGCUGCCGCAGGAGAGGCGGCGUCUGACCCGGUUGCCCCGGAGCCGGGGGCCAAGGCCGACCGCGAGCGCUACUACUCGGCGACCACGACGGGCAGGCGGAGCGGCCCCCGGGGCCGCGAGGGCCUCACACUGACGCAUCGGCAACAAGCAGGUGGGAGGGCCUGGAGAGGAGGGCCAGACCAGGUCCUAGACCAGGGCAGUGGUUGUUCCAGCUCUCCGAGGCGAGGACGCCGGCAGCCCCCCCCGCCCCCCCCCUCCCCGCGGCCCGGGCCGACCUCUGAGGCCGCCCCCCUCCCCGUGCAUGUUGCGUCCGGCCGGCCGAGCCGCGGCGCGUCGGAGCGCGUCGCCCUUCGGCCCGGCGCCCGCCACCCCCCGCCCGCCGCCUCAACCGUCCGAGCCCUUCCGCUGGGGUCAGGGGCGGCGAGGGCCCGUGGCGGCGAGGCCCCGGGCCGCCUCUCCGGCAGCCUCAGGGACCAGCUGGACGUCUUUCAGGACGCGGCGGCGCCCGGCCGCUCGACUCGGACCGCACUGCCUCGCAUGAUGGGCGCCCUGCGGCCCGCCGCGCAGCCGGCCCCCGCGGGGACCAACGGGUUCCACUUUGGGGGAACCGGCCUCAGGGCCCACGUGUGCUGCCAGGAGGCAGAAGAGGCUGAAUGGUGCUAGCAUGGUGCUAGCAUGGCUUUAGCUACCUGUAACUCAUCGUGGAGGAACCGUGAUGAGUUCUAUCAUCUUCUCUAAGGUUCUACUGGACAUGUUUAACACUGGGUUCUCAAUCAGAGCUGAGGUUAGGGAGAACGUCUACAGAUAGAUAUAGAUGUAUAUUUAUCGAUAGAUAUAUCUCCUCAAUGUGAGUCACAUUUCUCCUUCUUCCACAUUAUUAAUCCAGCCAAGAGCUCAGCGUAGCGUACGCAGGCUAGUUCCUGCUAGAGGAGCAUGUGAGGUCAGGAUGGUGGCCAGAGGGGUCAAUAGGUCAGUGAGAUGAUGGAUGAGUGAAACCUCUAAACCCUGAUCAGUUGCUCCUGGAGGACUGGACCCCUCUUUGUUCAUGAGGAUGUACACAGUGCCUCUCCUCUGAGAUGUGGAGGAGGUGCUUCAGACCUGAUGGAGCUCUGUAGGAAACUCUAUGAGAAGGCGGAUAACUCCCGACAGUCGCCUUAAAAAGGUCUUGUGAAGGUAUCCUAUGUGAGAAUGUAAACUAAAUAUAUCAUUACGUUAAAGUCAGUAACACAUUGUGCAUGAUUAGAUGGACCUGGUUCUGGUCUGGUUUGGACUGCAGAGUGUGUGUUGGCUAGCGGUGUGUUAACUGUGAUCUGACCCAAGUAGCACGGUGAGGUCCGGUCCCCCUGUGUGGUCCUUGGUCAGGAUGUGAGGGUAUAUGUGGACGUAGCAUCAGUUAGCAUCAGCAGCUAGUUGCUUCACGGUGUUUAAUGUGUCACACUCAUGGAAAACUGGCAAAAAAUACAUGUUUUAAUGUCACAUAUACUUCCAGCAGCGAGUGUGUAGCGUACUCAGCGUAGCGUACUCAGCGUAGCGUACACAGCGUAGCGUACUCAGCGUAGCGU